AUCGCAGGGCGACACUCCGUAUCUGGCCACCGUUCGUUCAUCACAUCAAUAGUACAAAAAUGUAUACAAAUAUGUGCGUGAAGAUCGCCGUGUGCCUGGCACUAGUCGCGAGCAUCGACAAUCACGUCCUCAAACACCAUGAAGUGCCUUUAUCACCGGAGGGCAUGGUGGUGGAGAUCACAGUGAAGAAUAAGGGUGACCAACACCCAGUGUCUUCAAUGAAGAUUGACGUGGACGAGAAAGACAAGCAAGUCUUGUUGUUGUUGGAGGAGCGUUCAAGCAGAGUGCCGAGGAAGACUGGAGAUUCCUCGACAGAAGUCGUGCCGACUAUCGGAUCGAGGAACAACAUCCGAGUGGGAGCCUGUCCUGCUGGUUACACAAGAACAGGAGGAUUCUGCUUCCCUGACGAUUAUUAGUUUAAAGUGUAUAAUCAGACAAACCUGUGACCUAAAGCUAAGUUUUUAGAACGUUCAUAUCUUUUACAAGACUGUGAUGUGAUAUUUCCUACAAAUGUUAUAUGUUAUUUAAUAUUUAUUAAAUGAAUUUUAAUUA